AUGCCUCGAUUUGAAGGGGUUAUUCAAACCUUCCAUGCCAAAAAUCCUUACUGGAAUAAGAAGCCAAAGACCGAACUACAAAAGAAACAUUUUCAAAAGAUGAAAAAGGAGGUCCACUCUCGUACCCAGAAUGCAGCAUCAACGUCCAACUACCAGCGCGAUCCUGAGGACGAAUUUGACGCCUUUCAGGGUUACGGACUUAUUGUUGAUCAGCCAGAUGAAGACGAACUUGGGAUACCUCGACCCGACUUCAUUGAUGAGAUACAUCAAGCUCGACUUGAAGAUGAAAGACACGCACAAGCUCUGCUACUGGCCGAGGCGGCAGAAGAAAUGUUUCGCGCCUAUCUCACAUGUGCUUUGGAGACAAACGAAUGGGGCAAUCCUGCAACUUGGGACUUGGAUCACAAGCCAGCUUGCCAGUGUCAUUCCAGUCAAUGGCGUGAAAGGGAUGUUGAUUUGGUAGACCUAUUAAUUAUGCAGCGCACUGAUCCCAGAACUUAUUCAUUACUGAUGGGCAGUGCGUCGCUUAUCUACAUGGGUUUCAUUGGUGGUUCGCCUACUUACCCUAAGACCGCCUUCUCUAUCCGCCUCCUACGGUUCUUCCAUAUAUUAUGGAAGUUCUGCACCGUUCGGAUUGGCCCUUUUGCACGUGCCCUUGAUGAAUUCCUGGAUGCAUUCUGUGCUCUUAUUCUUACCAAAAGUGAACAGCCUCGCCAGUGGCACACACCGUUGUAUUGGGCGGUUGAUACUUAUCGUGAGAUGCUUUCCAUGACGGAACUGGCCAUGGACGCGGUGCUCAAUCUCACACCACUGGACAAGGUUGCGGUUAACUGCCCAUCCUGCUUCGGACCUCCUAUCCAGCUCGAGGCCGAGCCAUUAGAGCCUGACAUAGUUGUUUGCAUGGAUGGCAACUUCCAGCAUCGACAUGCCACCUCUUUUCCACCCGGUCGAGCAAGUCAACCUUAUGCGAGCACGACUGGAAGGUGUAACAGAUAA